GUGCCUGCUGCACCAUGUCUGCCACUACACAGCUUGACGAUACAGAGAAUGUGUUCGAUCUGAAUGAGGCCGUGCCAGAGACGGAGCUGCUGGAUAACAGCAUACAGAAAGGCCGGGCCCAGCUGUCCGUCAAAACCCGGAGGCACCGCCCCUCCCGCUCCCACUAUCGCGACAGCAUCAGCUCCACUGAGGGGGAUGAGUGUGUGGAGAGGAAGUCUCUGGACAGCCCCUUGCACUCCGUCCGCUCUCCGCUUCACUCCGCCCUCCGUGGCUCCUCCCCCUCCCCUGAUUUGCUGCUGUCCUCCUCGCCUGCGCACCGAAGCCCCGCCUUCUCCUUCGACUCCUCCUCCCUGGUGCGACGCUCCCCGGAGGACGGCGGCGGUGGCGGCGGGGGGGGCGGCGGCUCGUUCUCGCCCGCGCCCAAGGGCCGCUACCGGCAGCUGACCAACACCACGUCCCAGGAGGCCCUGGUGCCCACGCCCUCCAGCUCGCCCUCCAAGUCCUGCCCGAGCUCCGACGGGUCGCCCAUCUACCUGCGCAGAGGCCGCCGGCCCGAGAGCGAAGUGUUGGUAUCUGAUGACAGUCGAGAUCUCAGUCCCCCAGACCCUGGCAGUCCCACAGUCAUAUUUGACAAGAAGACCAAGAGAAGAUUCCUGGACCUCGGGGUGACUCUCCGGCGCUCAUAUGUUCGUGUGAAGAAGGACAAGUCCAACAGGCUGUCCAUGGGAAGCCGCGAGCCUUCGGAGAGCCCCUCUCGGAGUUCGGGCUCGUUCGUGGCGUUCUCCUGGUUCACCGAUAGCAACCGCGGGUCAGCCUCGUCCGGCAGCAACCCCUCCUGCUCCCCGAAGCUGGCCUCCCACAACUCCAGCCCCCGCAAGUCCAACUCACAGGAGUCGGCGCUGAGCGACGAGUUCUCCCCCCGGAGCCCUGUUGCCUCCAGCGACUCAGUGGCCGAAUCUCGCUCCUCACACCCCUACCAGACCCUCUCCCAGUCCUCAGAUGAGCAUGGGGACGAGCCGCUGUGCCUGGUGUCGUCGUGGAGCACGCAGCAGGUGUGCCAGUGGCUGCGUGGGCUCAACAUGGAGCAGUACGUCCCCGAGUUCACCGACAACGACGUCGACGGCGAGCAGCUGCUUCAGAUGGACAGCACCAAGCUCAAGGGGCUGGGUGUGGUGAAUUCGUCAGACCGCAACACUCUGAAGCGACGAAUCAAAGACAUCCAUGCAGCGGCCGAGAAAGAGCGCAAGGCCCUGGGCAAACUGGAGCGGCAAAGGGAGAAACAGCGCAAGAAAGACCAGGAGCAGCGCAAGAGCUAG